AGGUUCAUAUCAACGUGCGCUCAGCGCCUGAAAUUUUUUGAAUAUUGUUUGCGAGGUUAUGCGGUUCUAUAAUUUUCUCUCAAUUUUAUAAAACACAUAAAAUGACGACGAGUGAUUUUGUAUUAAAUGACAGUGAAAGUGAUGUAGAUUCUGAUGAAGAGUUGCAAGAAGCUUUUGCAAAAGGACUGCUUAAACCUGGGCUAAAUGAAGAAAUAGAGAAAAUUGAAAAACGCUACGUGAACAAUGUAGCAGAUUUAAAAGCGAAAUUAAAAGAAUUUGAACUAAAAUUACCAUGGGUUGAAACUUUAGAUUUGGUGACUGCAGUUGCUCCUUUGGCACCAGAUGUGGCCUUGCAAUUACAACAAACUGCACAACGUAGAAAGAAUGUACAGGAAAAUAGCAAAGGAAAGCAGGUAUAUGAUCCCGCACAAGAUCCAGUAUUGAAUGAGUUUAAAAGGGAGAAUCUAAUCCACCGGCAGGCACAGGCAGCUGUUGUUGAUGGGAUCAAACGCUUGAAGGAGCUCAAUAUUCCAACUAAAAGGCCAGAUGAUUUCUUUGCUGAGAUGGCCAAAACAGAUGAGCACAUGCAGAAAGUUAGAAAGAAUUUGAUGGCGAAGCAAGCUGCGCAAGCAAGGGUGGAGAAAGUCAGACAGUUGAGGGAUCAGAAGAAGAUUGCUAAGCGUGUGCAGAUUGACACAAAAUUGAAACAAGCUGCUGACAAAAGGCAAAUGUUAGAACAGUUAAAACGAGUCAGGAAAGGUAAAUCAAGUGAUUUAGGAUUUUUGGACGAUAACAAAGGUAAUAAACAAAACGAAGGCAAGAAAGUAAACAAAAGGCGCGCAAUGAAAGAUAAGAAAUUCGGUUUUGGCGGGAAAAAGAAAGGCUCGAAAUUGAAUACCAGAGAAUCUUCAAAUCAAAUGGAAGGUUUUAACAGCUCUGCUAAGAAAAAACCUUUUGAUUACAAGUCAAAGUCCUUUAAACCUAAUAAUAAGAAAAAGAAUCAGAGGCCUGGUAAAUCUAAGAGGAAAGGUGGUAAAAGAUGAUGCUUUUAAGUUUAAGUGGUAAAAUAAAUGUAUUUCAAUCA